AUGAAGGCGGGUCAACUGGCACUGGGAUUCCUGGCGAUUUGCCUUUGCAUUUGGCUGACCAACGGAGCCUCAUCGCCCACGUCCACGGAGUCCUCGACGACCACCACCACCACCACCGCAGCAUCCACCACCACGACCACGACCGACGCCACCACCACCACAACCACUUCGUCCUCCUCGAAGAGCCAUCGCAAGCGAUUCACCAUCUCGAAUCUCAAGUACUCCAUAAAGCGGAAGAUGCGGGUCAACAAGAACUCCACCUCCACUUCCAGCAGCAGGAGCAAGAAGAGCAAGAGCAGGAGCAAAAGGAAGAACCGAUCGGCAAGACGCGUCAAUGCCCGGAGAAUCAACAGGUUCCUCAGGCGCCGCAACCAGGGAUAG